AUGGCCUCUCGAUCCCCGACUGCAACUACUCCGCUACCCAAAUCCUCGGCGGCACCCGAGAGUCCCUCGAAAGACGCGCCCCAUAUGCCGCAGACCGUUCCCUUCCCUCCACCGCAGACCUUUGAGAUCAUCCCGCCGCUCCACGGUAUCCUCCUUCGCUUGCUUUCGUCGAAGCCAAGCUCAUCCAACACGGUCGGUGCACCUGUGGACCCUUCCGGAGCCUCAGGAGCCCCGACGGACGACCAGGGGCAAGGCCAACCGCCCUCGAGCAUCCCUGGAGGUGGGAAUAAUGGGACUCCAGCUACCCAAGCCGUGCCGGAUCUCUCUACUCAUGAUCCCAAUGGCAACCCAGCACUUGAUGUGAAAGACCUUCCCACAGAAACAAACUCAGUCAAGAUUCGGAUCCAGCGGGCGCGGGCUGUAGUGGACGGACUUCCCGAUGUGCAUCGGUCCGUCGAGGAGCAACAAAAAGAGAUCGCGGAGCUUGAGGAUCGUGUGACUCGUCUACGUGCCGUAAUAUCUGAUUUCGGGGGCCGUUCAAGAAUGACCCAGACGGAGCAUGCCAAACCGACAGCUGCAGCACUCUGA